AUGCCAGUUUCACGUUUAUUAUCGAAUGCUGCUGCCAAUGUUAAUGCGGAAUAUGGAAUUACAAAUAUUCAAGAUGAUGAUGAUUUUACUAAUCGUGUAUUAAAAAAUCAAGCACCUGUUCUUAUUGAUUUUCAUGCUAAAUGGUGUGGACCUUGUAAAAUCUUAGGUCCAAGAUUAGAAAAUGUAAUGAAAUCGUAUAUGAACUCUGUGCUACUCGCUAAAGUUGAUAUUGAUCAUUUGGAUUCUAUUGCUGUAAAGUAUAAGGUUAGUGUUGUGCCAACAAUAAUAUCUAUGAAAAAUGGCAAAGAAAUUGAACGUUUUGAAGGUGCCAAAGAAGAAGAAUUCAUUCGACGUAAAAUUGAAACUAUGCUAGCAUAUAAUGGCUAAGAGAAACAAGAAAAAAGAGAAACACUCAAUGUGU